GUCCCGUACAACCGUCCAGCUUCAUUCAUGAUUGGAUAAACCUCAUCGACGCCGAGUAGCCGGGCGAAGCUGUAUAGCAAGGCCUAGCUACGGGUUAUCCCUUCUGCAAGCAUAGGACAUACAUAUGCAGCCUGGUCGCCCCUGAGAAGAUGGCGGCCAAAAAGGCGACCAUUCGUCGAUCACGUCUUAAAGACGUCUUCCAGCUUUGCUCAUCUACCUCUGUUGUAUGAUAUCGAAGUUUUGCUUUUCUUUUUCUUAUUAUAUCUGGAUUCGCCAAAUAUAUGAGGAAUCCGUCUUCGCUAUCCUAUAUCAGAUAUAUCAGAUACCUAUGGUUAUACGAUCCAUGUCUAUUACACAUAUUGUCUAGAACUCGUCUUUCCAUAGCUUGAUUUGAAUUCCCUCUAUACCAAGAAGCUUAAAGAUCAUUGUGCGACAAUGUCUACUCAUUACUAUCCCCCGCCUCCCAGCACCAAUAGCCCACCAGCAUCACAGAUAAACUACCAACAGCCGACAUCCCCUCCUGCGAACAAGUCCAAAUUCUACCCGCCGCCACCAGGCACACCCAGUUACGCUCCACCACAGGCUCAUAGUCAAGGCUUUUCUACUCCGCAACAAACAUACACAGCUCCUCCACAACAACAAUAUUCUGCGCCUCCGCAACAGGGCGUAUCCCCGCCACCCAAAGCUGGAACACCUAUUUACCAACCUCCGCCUCCUCAGCCAGCACACCAUGGAGCUCUACCGAUUCGAAACGAAGGUGCUCUCACGCCACCAAGUGGAGCUGCGCCCGCAUAUGGGGAUAUAGUACACAAUGCUCCAGAGGGUUUCCCGAACGAGAAGGCACAGAGUAUUCUAGGAACGGGACCGGCGCAUUCGCGGACGGCAUCAAAUCCCGCGGCAGCGCCUCCGCCUGCACCUGCGCCUGUACCUACAGCCGCGCAAUUCCAAGGCGCCGCCGCAACUUUAGAUGACGUGGGGACAUUCAAUGGGGGCUCAUACCGCAUCAGUCAUAGGGACUGUAAUACGAUAAUCACGAUCCAACUGGCAAUGGGAUGUCCGAUAGCCGCGAAGCCGGGAGUACUGAUCGCUAUGAGCCCUACCAUCACGCUGAAGGGCGAGUACAAGUUCAGCGUGAAGAAAUUGAUGGCUAGCGGCAGCGAAUUGGGACACUCGACAUUUAUCGGCCCUGGCGAGCUGCUACUCGCGCCCGGCAUGCUCGGCGACAUGACCACCAUCCGCUUAACAGGAGAGGAAUCAUGGAGCGUUGGCAAAGACGCUUACGUCGCUAGCACUCAAGGUGUUAUCCGCGACUACAAACGCCAAGGACUCGGCAAGGCCAUGUUCAGCGGGGAAGGUCUAUGGGUCCACAAGAUCAGUGGUGUUGGUCUGCUCUGGAUUACCAGUUUCGGUGCAAUUAUCCGCAAGGAUCUUGCUGACGGUGAGAAAUAUAUCGUCGAUAACGGACAUCUGGUUGCCUGGAAUGUUAAAUAUGUCAUGGAGCGUGUAGCUAGCGGUGGCAUCAUGGGAGGACUUGCUAGUGGAGAAGGGUUGGUCUGUAAAUUCACAGGACCUGGCACUGUAUUCCUCCAAACGAGAAACCCAAGAGCAUUCAGUGCUUAUAUGACGGGCAACGCAGCACCGCCGUAAAGGUAUACACUAGCGAAGCUACCAUCCAGCUAAAAUUCAAUGUUUCCAGUUGUGUUUAUAGGAAAACUACAUGUAACGUUUAGGGAUUCGUGAAUUGAAUAUGUACUUUAUCUACGUUCCAUGUAAUCCGUUUUUUCUAGCUGUCAAACAAGCUCAUAACUCUUGUAACAACCGCAACAGUACACUCAUUUUCUAAAGUAGAUUUUAAUACGUCCUUAAAUAUUAGGGAAACGCAGUACAUCAAUCAUAUCAAUCUAGUUAGCGAAGUUUGUUCUACGGAUUCCUAGGAUGGUAUUAUUAAGUCUACUCAAAAGUCUUGAUUUGCGAAU